AUGCUUCUAUGUCUUCUAAUCACUUCACCUGUAGAUGUUAUAGCUCAAGGAGGACAAGGUGAUAUACCAGUUGUUAAUCCUACAUCUCCCGGUGGCAGUACCACCACACCAACCAUAACCCAACCGUCACCGCCUUCCUCAACAUUCCCAGGUCCAAUCACCAAUCCAAAUACACCAACUGGAGGUGGCUAUCCACCACUUGAUGGAACAACACCAACUGGUGGUGGUGGUGGUGGUUACCCCCCUCUUGACGGUACCACACCAACCGGAGGUUACCCACCACUUGAUGGUACCACACCAAUAGGUGGUGGUGGUGGUGGUGGUGGUGCACCUGUAGGAGGAGGAGGAGGAGACACAGGUGCAGGUGCAGGUGGAGGUGGAGGUGGCGGUGGCGGUGGCGGUUUUGGUGGUGGUGGUGGGGGUGGUAGUGGCCAGUGGUGUAUAGCAAAAGCAAAUGCUUCACCAACAUCAUUGCAAGUGGCUUUGGAUUACGCUUGUGGGUAUGGAGGAGCUGAUUGUGGGCAGAUCCAACAAGGUGCAAGCUGUUACGAGCCCAACACUCUCCGAGACCAUGCUUCCUUUGCUUUCAAUAGUUAUUACCAGAAGCAUCCUGGUUCAGACAGCUGCAACUUCGGAGGUGCAGCACAACUUACCAGCACAGAUCCAAGUAAAGGAAGCUGUCGCUUCUCAGCUUCAUCAGGAACAGUCAGCACAAGCCCGCCUAGUCAACCGAGUCCACCAGAUUUUACUUCCCCACCAGAUUUUAAUUCCCCACCUUCUUCUACAUACCCACCUCCAAUAACAACUCCAACUACAGGCAUACCUGGUGGUUCUGGACCACCCUUCGGCGUGGCAGAGCCAACAGGGCUUCCGAGUUCAGCAACCUCUUUGUCACAUAGCUUCUUCUCACUAUUUACAGCUGUUUGGAUGAUACUAACGCCACUCCUCAGGGGAAAUUAUCUUUAA